AUGAGUAGAAACAAUGCUUCGGAAAGGACUCCAAUACUUGGAGGAGGAUCAAGUGAACAUCAAUCCAACACCAAUAACAAUUACCACGAUAUUCACAUGGUCGCUGUGUUUUCACGUCCUGGUCCAUCUAUGGAAAAUAAUUAUUUGGCAACACCACAAAAUUCUAAAAUAUAUUUUCAUGGUGAUGCUGCUCUCAGACCACAAUUACAGAAAACAACAGAAAAUCUGAGGUCUACUUGUUUUAAAGUUGUGGAAAAACAGAGAACUGAUCUCAAUCAAUUUAAUGAUUCAUCUCUUGCUAGUUCAAUUUUUAAAACAACAUUUCAAAUUGCCACUCAACAGAUUCAUGUUUUGGAACAUCAUUUCAAUGGAAGAUUUUAUUUCUAUGUUUGCAUUGCAGAGGAGAGUACUCAUUUGAGAAUUUGUUUUGGAUUAUUGGAUAGAGUGAAAAAUGAAUUUAUUAAAUUAUUGCAAAGUAUAAAUUAUGAAAUUUUCAAAUCAAAUAAUCAAAGAUUACACGAAGAUUUUUACAAAAAGGUGGAAAAAUUACUUGGUCAACAAUUGGAUUAUUGUACACGAGUGGAAAAUGAUAAAAUUGUGCUGAUUCAAUCUCAAAUUGAAGAUGUUAAGAAAAUCAUGGUUUCCAACAUUGAUAAGAUUAUUGUAAAUAUGGAAUCUACUAGAGACCUAUCUCAGAAAACUACUGAUUUGAACAGUGACUCUCAGACAUUUGUUUAUCAAGCAAAAAGCACCAAGAAUCGAAUGAUGUGUAGAGUAGUGACCGUUAUUUCAAUUAUUGCUUGUAUUCUGAUAUCAAUUUUAAUAUUCAUCAUUCUAAUGAUUAAAUAUGCCUAA